AUGUCCAUCCUCAUCACCGGAGCUGGGGGCUACGUCGGCCAGGAAUUGGCCGCGGGUCUGCUUGCAAGCACACCUGCUACAACAACCGUGACCAUAACCGAUAUGGUCGAGCCCGAGAUCCCAGAGUCAGCUGCACAGAAUGCAAGCCGCCUGAGCACAGUCAAGGCAGACCUCACCUCACCCCAAGAGGUCGACGAAUUGAUCAACGAAUCCCGCCCCUACGAAACAGUCUACAUCCUGCACGGCAUCAUGUCCGGCGGCUCAGAGGCCAAUUUCGAGCUGGGAGUCCGGGUCAACCUCGACUCUGUGAGAUACAUUCUCGACCGGCUACGCAAGACCAUGCCCGGAACGAAAGUGGUUUUCACAUCCUCAUUGGCAGUCUACGGCCCUGCAGCCCCAGGAUUCGUCAUUGACGAGACAAAUUUCCCACCCGUACCUUCAUCUUCAUAUGGAUCGCAGAAAUUGAUCGUCGAGACUCUACUGAAUGACUACUCGCGCCGAGGAUUCCUAGACGGCCGAUGCGUGCGCCUUCCCACAGUCACAGUGAGAGCCGGAAAGCCUACACAGGCUGCUAGCAGCUUCGCGAGUGAUAUCAUUCGUGAGCCGUUCCAUGGCAAGAAGGCUAUUCUCCCCGUAGCCAAGGAAACGGAAAUGUGGAUUUGCUCGCCGCAUACUGUGAUCAAGAACUUGAUCCAUGCUCGUACUGUUCCUAAGGAGGCAUUUGGCGAGUCCAGAUCUGUUAAUCUGCCUGGAUUGAAGGUCAGUAUUCAGCAGAUGUUGGAUGCGCUACUGGAGGUCGGUGGUAAGGAGCGUCGGGCUCUUGUUGAGGAGAAAUAUGAUGCUGCUACCGACAAGAUCGUGCAAUCGUGGACUCCGCAGUUUGAUACUGCACGUGCUUUCAAGUUGGGAUUCUCGGCUGAUAUUUCGAUGGAGGAGAAUAUCAGACAGUUUGCCAGUCGAUUUGUAUAA